CCGGUGCAAAAAGCCUCGGCUCUCGGGGAGCGGGUUGUUGUAAUAAUGGCUGGCAAUUUUGACGCGGAGGACCGCGGCAGCUGGUACUGGGGUCGGCUGAGCAGGCAGGAGGCUGUGUCUCUGCUGCAGGGGCAGCGGCACGGCGUGUUCCUGGUCCGGGACUCCAUCACCAGCCCCGGAGACUACGUGCUCUCCGUCUCCGAGAACUCCAAAGUCUCGCAUUACAUCAUUAACAGUAUCAGCAACAACCGACAAUCCGGUCCAGGUUCGGCUCAUCCGAGGUUCCGCAUCGGCGACCAGGAGUUCGACGCCCUGCCCGCCCUGCUGGAGUUCUACAAGAUCCACUACCUGGACACCACCACCCUCAUCGAGCCCGUCAACAAGUCCAAGCACACCUCGUUCAUCAGCGUGGGCCCCGGCGGGCCGCCGCCGCGCCUGGAGGGCGAGUACGUCCGGGCGCUGUUCGACUUCCCCGGCAACGACGAGGAGGACCUCCCGUUCAGGAAGGGCGACGUCCUCCGGGUGCUCGAGAAGCCGGAGGAGCAGUGGUGGAACGCCCAGAACUCUGAGGGCCGGGCGGGCAUGAUCCCGGUGCCGUACGUGGAGAAGUACCGGCCGGCGUCUCCGAAUGCGGCGGCGGGGUCGGGGGGGAACUCUGAGGGCUCGGGGGCCCCGUCCAUUGCUCCGCUGCUGGGAGAUCCGAGCCAGUACGCCCAGCCCACCUCUCUGCCGAACCUCCAGAAUGGACCGGUCUACGCCCGGGCCACGCAGAAGAGGGUGCCCAACGCCUACGACAAGACCGCCCUGGCCCUGGAGGUGGGCGACCAGGUGAUGGUGACCAAAAUCAACGUGAACGGCCAGUGGGAGGGUGAAUGUAAAGGCAAGCGAGGCCACUUCCCCUUCACGCACGUCAAGCUGCUGGAGCAGCACAGCGCGGAGGAGGAGCUCAGCUGAGAGCGGACGGGUCAGGCCGCUACCUGGACACUAGUAUUAGCCCCGCCCCCCCACGACCUCUGACCUCCAACCUCCCCUCUGACCCUCACGCCUUCUCCAGGUUUUACAGUUUCAGAGAAUAGCGUGAGAACUAAACAACGCACACAUCCUCCGUUUGUUCCCCUCUGGGUCAUCAUGGCCGCCGACUGACGUUCUCUACACAACCUCCUGUUUAGUGACCGCGACACUCUUCAUCCUCCCUCUUCCUCUCCCUCUCUGUCCUCCCUCUCUGUCCUCCCUCUUCUUCGUACUCCCUCUCUUCGUCCUCCCUCUCUUUGUCCCCCCUCUUCGCCUUACCUCUUCGUUCUCCUCUUCCUCCCUAUCUUCGCUCU